CGCCACCACAGGCGCCGUCAUGGCGGCGGGCGCGGAGCGGCAGCGGGAGCUGCGCUUCUACCGGGAGCUGCCCAAAGUGGAACUUCAUGCUCAUUUGAACGGCUGUAUCAGCUCUGCCACUAUGAAGAAGCUUAUGGCCCAGAAACCGUACCUUCAGAUCCAGAACGGGAUGACUGUGAUCGACAAAGAAAAUAAGAGGACGCUAGAGGAAUGUUUUCAGAUGUUUCAGAUAAUCUAUCAGAUUACCACCAGAACUGAAGAUAUUUUACUGAUAACUAAAGAUGUUAUUAAAGAAUUUGCUGAUGAUGGUGUCAAGUACCUGGAAUUGAGGAGCACUCCUAGAGAAGAAAAGGCCACAGGUAUGACCAAAAGGAUGUAUGUUGAGGCUGUACUUGAAGGUAUAAAGCAGUGUAAAGAAGAAGGCUUGGAUAUAGAUGUAAGACUAUUAAUAGCAAUUAAUAGAAGAGGUGGCCCUGCAGUUGCUAGGGAGACUGUUAAACUUGCUGAAGAGUUCCUUCUUUCCACUGAUGGGGUUGUAGUAGGACUUGACCUCAGUGGUGAUCCCACUGCAGGACAUGGUCAAGAUUUUUUGGAACCCCUCUCAGAAGCGAAAAAGGCAGGUCUUAAGCUGGCAUUGCACCUUUCAGAGAUUCCAAAUCAAGAAGAGGAGACCAAAAUUCUUCUUGGCCUGCCUCCUGACAGAAUUGGACAUGGAACAUUCCUCAACUCUGCAACAACAGGUUCAGAAGAAUUAGUGCCACUUGUUAGACAGAACCAUAUACCUAUUGAAUUGUGCAUGACAUCAAACAUCAAAACUCAGACAGUGCCUUCCUGUGACAAACACCAUUUUGGAUACUGGUACAACAUAGGUCACCCUGCAGUGCUUUGCACUGAUGAUAAAGGCGUCUUUGCAACAGACCUAUCUCAGGAAUACGAGCUGGUUGCAAAAACUUUUAAUCUGACUCGAUCACAGAUGUGGGAUCUUUCCUAUGAAUCAAUCGACUAUAUCUUUGCUUCAAGUGUGGUAAAAUCAAAGCUAAAAGAACAAUGGUGUAAACUGAAGCCAACUCUAUUUAAUUAAUCAAAAUAUUGUUCUAAAUAUCUUGGAUGUAUUAGUUUAGUUAAUAAGCAUUCUUUACUGAAGUACCUGGAUUUGGCCUUUUUCAGAUCUCAGGGUUAUGAAUCCAGUCCUGAAACUGUGCCUGUGCAAAAUCAAGAAUGUAGGAAAGCAUCAUUGAUUAAUGAGGAUAGAAGCAAAAGUCCUUCCAGAUAAUCCAUUUGUGUGGAAGGGUUUUCAGUCAGUGACUAAAAUUCUAGAUGUGUCAUCAUGUAGUUUUUCUCUAGUUGUUACAAUAUGAUUUUUUAAAAUUACUCUGUUGAAAUAUGUGAUCAUAUUACAAACAGUUCAGUAUUGGAACGAAAUAAAGGCAUGAUCUGAGGGAUAAAAACAAAUCUGUUGGCAACAAUACACCAAGUGGUUUGGAUACUUGGUAUGUGUGUGUGAGAUCUGUUUUGCUUUGUUUUUAAACAUGUUUUGAGCAGUUGAGUGAAUGUGAGGACAGAGACAACCUCAGGGAGAAUGAAAUAUUUUUCUCAAUGGAAUUAAAUACUGCAUUUGUUUCUGCUGAUGUAUAUGUGUGACUGAAACCUGCUGAGGAUUGUUCAGUGUAUGUGGUGGUACCUAUCAAUACACUUAGUAUCCAUAGUAUCUUGUAGGGCCUCCAUACUAUAUUUAUACUAUAUAAAGAUAAGAAUCUUAAACAUGUAGCAGAUUGUGAUAUGUUCAGAGGAAAGGGUGUUGUUCUUUAGAAGCUUUUUAGAAUUUCUAAUUUAUUUCUUUUAAAAAGCAAUAAAAAUAACUUGAACCUGCAUGCUUUUGAAACUGGUACUUCUAGUGUGCAUGUAUGUGUGGUAUUUAUUGAACAGAACAACAUAUAAAUGAGAUUUCUGGUGUGUGUGUGGUAUUUAUUUAAUAGAAGCAUAUAUAACCUGCUUCAGAAUUCGUUAAUAGUCAGCUUUGAGAGGUAUACUUAUUUUCUUCUGAAUUUUGUUCUGACAGCAGAGGGAGUUCCUUAGUUCAGGCAGUGAAAGGUACAUAGGGUGAGUGUGUAUGCGUGUGCAUGUUUGUAGAUAUGUUUUAUCUACUACUGUGCAGAACCACCACCACCACUUUCCCCCAGAGAGAUUGUUGUUUUGGGGAAAGCUCAGCCAUUAUUAGAAACUUCUAUUAGUAACUUUCUGUUACUUCAGAAAAUCGUAUCUGAAUUUGAGAGGGUUGAAGUAUAAAGUGACCAGUCAUGUUUUUUUGCAGUUCUAGCAAAGCCAGAAAGCACUGAGUGGGUGUUCUGAAGGCAGAAAAUCAGUCUAUUUGAAUGAGAGGAUUACCGGUCUGUUGCAAGUUUCCUUAAUGAAAUUGUCAGUGUUGUUGACUUUGCUGAAGAAAUUAGGAACAUGGGCUGCGUGUUGCCCUGACAGAAUUCACUGUCAGUUCUGUUUAAUCUUUACAUAAACUUCUUAGUGAGAAGGGGCUAUUUUGCAGAAGCCUUGGGUAGUUAAUACAGUGUCUUCAAAUAUUUGUGAGGUGUCCAAACUCAGCUUGUCAAAUCAUAGCAUUGCUGCUUGUUGUAUCUCAGGACAACUAGAUAGCAUGGCUGAUCCAGUUGAAGAAUAUUUCUGAGGAUAAAGCCUUGAGUAUUAGCUUGAAUAGAAAUGUAUUUUAAUCUAAAACAAUUAAAUGAUUAUCAAUAUCCAUUUACAUAGGCAUAUCUUAAGAUUAUUUGAAUACAAAUACCAGCUUCGAUAAAGAUUAAUGUAGUAGUAAUCUAUCAGAAGUGUGAAUUAAUUACUAAAUUGGAAGAUAGCACUGGCCAAUCACACAUGAAAUUAGAAUAUGUUAAAACAGCAAGUCAGUUUAUCACAGCUCAGUAUUUGCAGAGAUAAUAUUUUCUUUUCCUUCUUGUGUUUUUUUUUUCUUUUUUUAAAGAAGUUGACUUCUGUAACAGUUGAGAAAUUGACUGGAAAGUUAAAAAAAAUUCCUCCAUUUUGUUAAUACGUGCUGUGCUUGAGAAACAGAGCUGGUACAUUUGUAUCUUGGAUGAAAUAAUUCUGUUCCCUAAGUAUGGAUAAUAAGUAUGGAUAGUGUUUGUCUUUUGUAAUAAUCUUGUUUUAAAUGCAAAAAGAAUGUUUAGAUAACUUUUUCUUAUUAAUCUGAGUUAUUUGAUAUAGCUU